GCCGCUCUGCUCUACACCUCGGCCUUUGGUGACCGUCGCAUCCGGGUGCACACUCUCUGUCUACCAGUCACCGAGUCGCCUGAGGCUAUCUUCAACUACAGCGAUCAGACAGCCAUUGCCUGUCUCAUCACCAAAAUGGCCGUGGAGCGUACCCUCACCGCCGGUUUGUCCAAUUCACGCGAAGCGCUUUCAACUGUAAUCAGCGAUAUCCUGGUGGCCUACCAACGCACCCGCAAUAAACAGUCCAGCGGUCAGGUAUAUCUCUGUCCUCUGGACGAUCGUUCCGGCGCCUUGGAGUUACUGAUAAACGCCUCCUGCUCUCGCCUCAUGUCCCUCAUCUACCCACGCCUCUACGACGUGCGCUGUUUCGUCCAUCACGUACCGACCACCGGUGAUCAUCAGCCUGACCACCGUACCCUAGCUGAAAAGGCCGCAGGAAUUUCUCUUCACGACGAGAGUCCCGAACCGGACACACCGACUGAUACACAACGUCUGCCUGGUCGUUUAAACCUAAAUUCCAAUUUCAUUAAGCGUGAUGGCGUCUUUCUUUUGGAUACCGGUUUCUUCCUCAUCCUAUUGGUGGGCUACGAUAUUCCAGCAGAGGAACUGCGUUCUCUCAUCGGCUAUGAUAGCAUAGAUGAGAUCCACGUGGAUUCCUCUGCUCUUCGCUUGCCGCUCUUACCAACGGCGGACGAUCAGGGAACCUCGUUGCCCAAGCCGAGGCGUCGCCUUCAGCAACUCAUUGGACAUCUGCGACGCGAUCGUCAUUUGGGAACUGCGCUUAUACUGGUUCGUCACGAUGCUCCCGAGUUCCUUAAGCACCAGUUCAUCAAUGCUCUGGUCGAAGAUCGCACCGAAUCGGCCCUCUCUUACAUGGAGUUUAUUCAGUCGGUUUUAAAUUUAGCACGUUGA